AGUGACGACUUCAGACGAUCAAAAGAAAGCCGUCUCCUUCCUCCUCAGACGGAGAGUCUCUCACCCAUUUCUCCAUCGCCUCUACUCUCCCCCAACCAAUACAAACUGAACUCAGUCGCAUUACCAGAUUCGAUAUGAAACCACCACAGAUGUUCCUCCUCCGAUCAGCCAUUCAUUUCUACUCAAAGCCGUCGUGGAAGCACCGUCCCUACACCUCCUCCACCGCGGACCUCAACAUCUCCGGCGAGGUCAUCACCAUCCUAUCCAACAACAAACCCAUAGAGCCCGCGUUAGAGCCCCUCGUCCCCUUCCUAUCCCACAAACUCAUCGCGUCGAUAAUCAGAGACGAUCAGAUCAAUCGCCAAUCGGGUUUCCGUCUCUUCAUAUGGGCGUCGAGAAGAGAGCGUCUCAGGAGCCGAGCGUCUUUCGAUUCGGUCGUCGACAUGCUCUCCGUCGAAGAGAACGGUUGCGAUCUGUACUGGCAGACGUUGGAAGAGCUCAGAUCCCGCGGCGUCUCCGUCGAUUCGUAUUGCUUCUGCGCGUUGAUCUCGGCUUACGCGAAGAUGGGUUUGGCGGAGAAGGCGGUGGAGUCGUUCGGGAAGAUGAAGGAGUUCGAUUGCAGACCCGAUGUGUUCACGUACAACGUGGUGUUACGAGUCGUGAUGCGUAAAGAAGUGUUUUUUAUGCUGGCCUUCGCUGUGUAUAAUGAGAUGUUGAAGUGUAAUGUUGCUCCCAAUCGGUACACGUUUGGUGUUUUGAUGGAUGGGUUGUAUAAGAAAGGGAGGAUGGGUGAUGCACAGAAGAUGUUCGACGAUAUGACUGGUAGAGGGAUUCUUCCUGAUAGAGUUACUUACACGAUUCUCAUCUCGGGGCUGUGUCAGAGGGGAAGUGUUGAAGAUGCGAGAAAGCUGUUUCACGAGAUGAAAGCGAGCGGUCACGAUCCUGAUUCCGUGGCUUACAAUGCUUUGCUUGAUGGUUUUUGUAAAUUAGGUAGGAUGGUCGAGGCGUUUGAGCUGUUGAGAUUGUUUGAGAAAGAUGGUUUUGUGCUUGGGCUGAGAGGUUAUAGCAGCUUGAUCGAUGGGUUGUUUAGAGCUAGGAGAUACGAUGAGGGGUUUGAGUUGUAUGAAAUUAUGUUGAAGAAAAAUAUCAAGCCUGACGUUGUUUUGUACACAAUAUUGAUUCAAGGGUUAUCCAAAGCAGGGAAGAUUGAGGAUGCAUUGAAGCUGUUAAGCAGCAUGCCGAGUAAGGGGACUUCCCCUGAUACGUACUGCUACAAUGCUGUUAUAAAGGCUCUAUGCGAGCAGGGACUUUUGGAGGAAGCUAGGUCCCUUCAUCUCGAGAUGUCGGAAACAGAGUCCUUCCCUGAUGAGUUCACAGACACGAUUCUCAUUUGUAGUAUGUGCAGGAAUGGGCUCGUUAGGAAAGCUGAAGAAAUUUUCAAGGAGAUUGAGAAGAGAGGUUGUUCUCCUUCGGUUGCUACGUUUAAUGCUUUAAUCGAUGGACUCUGCAAGUCCGGUGAGCUUAAGGAAGCCAGGUUGCUGUUGCAUAAAAUGGAGGUGGGAAGACCUGCUUCCUUGUUUCUACGGCUUUCCCACAGUGGAAAUCGAAGUUUUGACACCAUGGUUGAAUCCGGUUCGAUUCUCAAGGCAUACAAGGAUCUUGCGCAUCUUGCUGAUACUGGAAGCUCACCUGACAUUCUUACUUACAACGUUCUGAUAAAUGGGUUCUGCAAAGCGGGAAACAUUGAUGGUUCUCUCAAGCUUCUCAAUGUGCUUCAGCUAAAGGGGUUAUCCCCUGACAGCGUCACUUACAAUACUCUCAUCAACGGACUUCACAGAGUUGGCAGAGAAGAAGAAGCUUUUAAACUCUUUUACGCGAAAGAUGACUUUAGACACAGUCCAGCGGUUUACAGAUCGCUCAUGACAUGGUCUUGUCGGAAAAGAAAGAUCAUGGUGGCCUUUAGCCUAUGGAUGAAAUACCUGAAGAAGAUAUCUCGUCUGGACGAUGAAGCAGCUAAUGAGAUUGAACAAUGUUUCAAGGAAGGGGAAACGGAGAGAGCUUUAAGACAAGUAAUCGAAUUGGAUACAAGGAGAGAAGAGUUCAGUGACGGACCUUACACGAUAUGGCUGAUCGGGUUAUGCCAAUCCGGGAGAUUUCAAGAGGCUUUGAUGGUGUUUUCUGUUUUAAGAGAGAAGAAGAUACUCGUCACACCUCCGAGCUGCGUCAAAUUGAUUCAUGGACUCUGCAAAAGAGAACAACUUGAUGCAGCAGUAGAUGUCUUCUCAUACACUCUAGAUAACAACUUUAAGCUGAUGCCUAGAGUUUGCAACUAUCUCCUAAGCUCUCUCCUGCAAUCAGGAGACAGAAAGGAGAUUGUUUCUCAUCUUGCAAACAGAAUGGAACUUGCAGGGUAUGAUGUUGACUCGAUGCUUCGGUUCAGGCUUUUGAAACAUCUUAGACAUAGAAGAAAAGGUCGGGUGCUGAUAAAUGCUUAGGUAAUGAAAUGUUGAGAAGAGAAUUUGAGUUUUGACUAUAUCUCUCUCUUUAGCUUAGCAUUACAGUAUUGUAGAGGAAUCUCUGGAACCAGAAGCUCGAGGGAAAAAAAUGAGAAGACAGAGUGUAAGAAGGUUAGAAGGAAAAGAAUGGUUAUACGUAAAUGCGUUGUAUGCUUUAUUUUUACAGAGGCGUUCUUGAAAAUUAUCAUUAGUGUACACACUCAUUUGUUCUGUAUGAUGUUAAAUCUCUUUGAAAUAAAAGAUUAAACAUGUCUGAA